CCGUUCUCCCCGUCACCACAUAGAGCCCCUGCAGAGGCGCUCAUGCCUUCACAUCGCCUAACUGAAUGAUAUCUCCAAGUCACAAUGGCCACAUCUUUUAGCCCCCAGCCUUCCUUUCAUCUGUGCCCCGAUUUCAGUAUCGCCCCGCCGCCUAAUGUUCCCGCUUCGCAGUUGAGGCCGCUCGACAAACCGUCUGAGAAGGUCGGCUUUAGCCGCAGCCUUGAAGAGCUGCGAGGCCUCGAAGUAAGCAUUUGGGAAAAUAUCUUUGGCAACGAGGGGCUGGGCGGCGCGUUGUCUUUCUUGCGCAAUCGCGAGAAUGACGAAACCCUGAUAGUUGAGAAAUUCCCUCAAAUCGAUGGUGUAGCCUUUCACAUCAACAACACAAAGCGCAAGAAGCCUGUGCACAUGGUUACUGGACUGAUGUGGACCGAAGGAGCCAAGCUCUCCAAAGUUCAGUCCAGAAUUAGAAGCAACAGCGGCCAGGUCGUUGCAACUGACCCAAACUCGGGCACUGUGGGCGGCGCCAGAGUAGUUUACGGGAUCAAAGAGACCGCCUCCUCGAGUUUUGAUGGCUCAAUGCCAUUCAUCCUUGGGAUCCGAGUGCGAAAAAUCUGGUGGGACAGGGAUGGUGUGAGGCACGAUAUCAAAGGCAUUGCCGGGGCAACACUCGGCGAAUUCAAGGCAAAGAACGAGGGCGUCCUCGACUUACUUAAGUUCAUUGACGAUGAAGUCGACAUCGCAAUAGGAAAGACCAUUGUAGACGAGAACCAGAUGGGAAAGGAAGGCCCCGUCACAUGGGUUCUCCCAUGAAAGAUUUAUGGGCGACUAGUGUGCGCCAGCUAUGCUGGUCAUAUUGAGUUGAACAGACCAGCUGAAACAUUUUUAUUACUGUUUGUU